AUGGUUUUUACACCCAAUGCUAGAUCUUCAUACAACUUAACACACGAAUACAAGUACGGAAGUGGAAGCGGGAGUACAUCUGAAAGACACCUCGUUUUUGAUCUCGCAAACUCGCUGCCAAAUCUCAGGUAUUCAAAUGAAAUCGACAACAGUUCCAUGCAGCUCAAAUUUGAUCAAGCCAUGCGCGAUACUGUCAUCUUUGCUAAGAAUGUUAAGCUACCAUUCACUACCAACAACACUGCGUCUGAUGCGCCAUGGGUGCUCACUGGUGGUUCAUACAAUGGUCCUCGACCAUGCCAUCACUUCUCAAAAUUUCUAUAA